UUCAUUCUUCCUAUGUGUCAAAGUUGUUUUCUUCUUGUACAUAUUGAAUUAGUUCUCUGACUGUAAUUUUCACUUUUUUGGUUAAAUCUUGAAACCAGUUGAAAGAACUUUUUGGAGAACAUUUUGUUUCCAAUAGCAAAUAUUUAGUGUUGAAAGAAAACAACUGGAGAUAACAUGUACAACCGAUGAGUUCAUCUACACGAAGUAUCUGCUUUUUUUUAUUUCUUCCAUUUGACACUCCUGUCUAGCAUAGUACUUUCUAGUUAUUAAUGGUGUAAUAGGCGCAUCUUGAUGUAGGUUGUUGACUCCUCCUGAUACUCCACUUUUUUCAUCCUUGGAUGAGGAGGCAAUGCCAAUCAACCGUGCACAGAGGGGCAGGCCUCGAAGUCAACCCAUUUCAAUUUCAAGAUCAUCAACUAUGGAAAAGAGUAAUAGAAGUAGUAGAGGUAGUGCAAGUCCAAAUCGUCUUAGUCCAUCUCCUCGAUCUAGUCAUAGUACGUAUCAAUCACGAGGCAGGCAAUCUCCUGGGCCACAUUCAAGUCCACCUCCUAGUUUACGACCUUCUACUCCGACUAGGAGACCAUCACCACCACCAAGUAAACCAUCAACUCCUGCUCAAAGGUCUUCUACCCCCACUCUUCGGAGGAUGAGCACCGGCUCUAGUUGCCCUGCGGCUCCAUCCAGAGUAAGGGGUAGUUCCCCUGUGAAGACGAGUAGGGGAAAUUCUGCAUCACCAAAAAUAAAAGCAUGGCAAGCCAAUAUUCCUGGCUUUUCUUCAGAGGCACCUCCCAACCUUCGGACUUCAUUGGCUGAUCGGCCUGCCUCAUAUGUGCGGGGAACUUCACCAGCAUCUAGAAAUGGCUCAAAAUCUGGCAGACAAUCAAUGUCUCCAACUGCUUCUCGAAGCGUUUGUUCAUCAUAUAGUCACGAUAGGGACAGAUUUAGGUCCCAGAGUAAAGGUUCAAUUGCAUCUUCUGGUGAUGAUGAUGUAGACUCUCUACAAUCAAUUCCCAUUAGCAGCUCAGACCAUUCAGCUCUUAGGAGUGUCAGUACAUUCUCGAAUCGUAGGGAUCUGAGCUCUUCAAAGAAGCCCACAAAAAUAGUAACUUCCAGCUCUGCGCCAAAAAGAUCCUUUGACAUUGCAAUUCGACAAACGGAUAAUAGAAAAGGCUCUCCGCAUAAUAUGUUCAGGCCUCUUUUAUCUAGUGUCCCCAGUUCAACCUUUUAUGCUGGUAAAUCAAGUGCUGCUCAUCGGGCUGUCAUAUCUAGAAAUUCUUCUGUCACAACUAGCAGUAAUGCAAGCUCUGAUCUGGGAACCAGUGGUGCGCACGAUACUGAAGGUAGUGAACAUAACCAGGAGGGUAUUACCAACGCCUGCAUAAAGGCACCAUACCAUGACAUACAAGAAGAAGUAUUUGCCUUCGACAAGGCUGAUUCCAUAGAUGACAAAUCUGUAGAUAAGAAUAAUGAGAAAUUGUCAGACAGGCAUGAUGAAGAUGAUGGCCAUCUUGUAUUGGAUUCUCAUGUAGUUGGUGAUGGAAGUUCUACCCACCAGGAUAAAGGAUUGGAAAUUUCAGUUGCUUCUGAAGUCUUCGAUGUGAAAGGUGACUGUCAAGAUGUACAUAGUUUUGAGGAGCCUCUACUCUGCUCCAGAUGUGGUUGCAGGUAUCAUGCCAUUGAAGAAAUUGAUGGGGACCUAAAACUUUGUAGAAACUGCAGAAGUGCAGAAAUACUUUCUGUUCUAUCACCCAAAACAGUGAUUGCUGUUGAGAACUUACCAGCUGUCUCUGCAAAAGUUUUAGAUCAUGGAUCAGUGGAUGCUUUUGCUCCAUCUGCAGCAAUGCUUGUAUCUUUAGCUGUAAAUGCUAUGGGUGAACCAGGAACUGAAUGCCAUACUGAGCCGAAUGCUAAUCUACCAGAGAGUUCUGGUGCACUAGGUGAGCUGAAUCUUGUCAGCCAGCAAGUCGGAAGUCAACCAACUUUAAGUGGCAACACAAUACUUAAUGAUGAGAUUGUUGCUCAGCAAUUGCAGAACAACAGUGGCUAUUCAAAUUUAAAGGCCGAUGUUUCAGAAGGUGCAGGUAUUUCUCUAUUGUUGACACCACACAGUGUCAAGGGGCCUAUCAUAAGGAGUAGGACUUUUACUGCCACCAGCAUAACUUGUGAUGACUUUUCCUAUGUGAGAGACAGUGCAACAAGCACAAGAAGCUCCUUUGGGUAUGGUACUGCCUCUGCAUCCUCUUCUCUUGACUUGGGAUCGAGUAGACAAACUGAAGCUCGUGCUCAAAGGCAAUUAAGUAGCAGGAAGUCGGACACUGAAAAUUACAGAUAUGAGAUGUACUCAAAGCACCAACGCUCAGUCUCAUCUUUGUCUGGAACUUCAACUCAUGGUUUCCAAGCUUCAAGUCUUGCAACAAGCUCUCAUGACGAAAGUCUUGAGGUAUCUGCAGCCGUCCAUGUGGAAAGAAUUAAUCUGGAGGUGACUCGUGUUCCUCUCCAAGACCUUUCACUUGCUUCAGAAAGUAUAGAGUUGGACAACAUGAGCACUGAUAUUGAAAGUGACAGCAAAUUGAGAACAGUUUCAGAGCUGUCAAGCCAUACAGCAAACAUCCAUCUAGGAGAUGCUUAUGUGAAAUCAGCUUCAAAUAUUGAAGAGCCUGCUUUGCAUGAGCAUGUUGAAGAAUUGGCAAAUGAUUCUCAGGGUGGCAUCAGUUUAGAAGCAUCAUCUACAUAUCCUGAGACUUGUCAGGAGGAAGAUUGCUUGUCAAAUGCUUCUACUGACCGUCUGGAUGUUGCAGAGGUUCCCAACUUGAGCUCUUUGGAUGCUAUAUCAGAGUUGGAAUCUGAGAAUGAUCAUGUGAUUUCUCCUGAUUCUGUAUUUGAUAUGGACUCCCAAAAUUCAAGAAGCAGCAUGGAUGGCUUGCAGGAUCCUUCUCAUCGCAUUGUGUCCUCUCAUGACAUAUCAGCUUCUAUUGAAGAAUCUGUCAACCAAGAUCAUGUGCACUGCAUUCUUGAAGAAUCAACUGUCAUGCUAGAAGGCCAAGGAGACCCCCACACUAGGAGCUUGACACUAGAAGAAGCAACAGAUAGUAUACUCUUCUGCAGCUCCAUCGUCCACAAUCUGGCCUAUGAGGCUGCAAGUAUUGCAAUAGAGAAAGAAAACUACACCCAGUUGGAGGGUUCCAGGCCAGCAGUAACUAUCAUUGGAAAAACAAAUCCUGACAGAAGGGAAUCACGUACCAGAAUUGUGUCCAAGCGCAAUACUAAGCCCCAAAAGGCUAGGCAAAGGCGGCUAGAAACAGACUCAAAACCCCCUCCUAGCAACAUUGCAUCUGAUGAGAAAAGUGAUGUUUCUACUGCUCGUAUUGUUGGGUCUCCUGCUAGGGGUGAUAGUGUGAAACCUCCAAAGCUGGAAUCCAAGUGUAACUGUGCAAUUAUGUAAGCUUUCUUCCAGAAAAGAUUGCUGUGCUUGUCACAAGGUUGCUUGGGGUGCUCCAGUCAACUUAAUUUUGUUGAAGGCCGAGAAUUUUUAAUUCAAUGGGGAGAUGUUUGGAUAACUACCAAUUGCAUUUUGUUGUUUGCAAGUAAUUCGUAAGAAAUAUGUCAUUGUAAAGUUGUAGUUCUUAUUAGGCGGAUGAUAGCUGAAGGCUCUGGUAGGUUGUUUAUUGUUCCACUUGCCAUAUUCUUGUUAGCAUUUGUAUUUGAUUCCAACCCUUUACUAGAGAGCAAGCGGUAAUUCUUUUGCUGUGCUGCUAUAGAAAUGUUUAUUCAAGCACUAGCAUUUCUGUUCAGUGUAAUUGUGGCUGAUAAAAUUUGAUUCAUUCUUGUCAUUUGCUUUUGUAUUCUUAUUGGAGAUGAUAGAUAAACCUUGGGAUGUUACUGGAAA